AACGCGCCAGUAACUGGGAAUUAAAGCCCCCGGGGCAGGAGCGGGCGCUGGAGCAUCUGGAUGCUGGAGCCUCCUGCGUCCUGCAGCAGCUGAGAAUGGGAAGCGCCGCGAUGCUUCUCGUACUCCUGUGCCUCGUUGGGAAGAGCCUGCUGGUCUCAGGUUUCCCCACUGUUUCGCCUGAUCCCCCAAUUCUCAGCCCACAAAAAGACAUACUUAUCAUAACAGCAAAUUCAACUCUUCAGAUUACUUGCAGGGGUCAAAGAGAUUUGGACUGGCAAUGGCCCAACAAUCAGGGCAGUUCCGAUAAUCGAGUAAUGGUGACUGAUUGCUGGGAUGGUCCCUUCUGUAAGACACUCACAAUUACAAAAGUGAUAGGAAAUGACACUGGAGCCUACAAGUGCCUGUACCGAGACAACGAUGUGAGCUCAAGCAUUUAUAUCUAUGUUCAAGAUUACAGGUCUCCAUUUAUUUCAUCAGUAAGUGAUCAACACGGUGUCUUGUACAUCAAAGAAAACAAAAACAAAACCGUCGUUAUCCCAUGCCUCAGUUCCAUUUCAAAUCUCAAUGUGUCACUUUACGCAAAGUAUCCAGAAAAGAGAUUUGUUCCCGAUGGUGAAAAGAUUUUCUGGGAUAGCAAGAAAGGUUUCAGUCUUCCCAGCUACAUGAUAAGUUACGCAGGCAUGGUCUUCUGUGAAGCAAAAAUCAAUGAUGAAAGCUACCAGUCUCUCAUGUACAUCAUUGCGGUAGUUGGGUACAGGAUUUAUGAUCUGGCUCUGGAUCCCCCUCACAGCGUGGAACUGGCUGUUGGAGAAAAGCUUGUUCUGAACUGCACAGCAAGGACAGAACUCAAUGUGGGGAUUAAAUUUCGUUGGGAACAUCCUUCUUUGAAGUCUGAAAUACGGGAUUUGAAAACUCCAUUGGGCAGUGACGUUAAGAAGUUUUUAAGCACCUUGACUAUAGAGCAUGUAACCCGGAGUGAUCAGGGCUGGUACAUCUGUGAAGCAUCCAGUGGGCUGAUGACCAAGAAAAACAGCACAUAUGUCACUAUCCAUGAAAAGCCUUUUGUUGCCUUUCACAGUGGAAUGGAAUCUUUGGUGGAAGCCAAGUUGGGCGAACGGGUCAGAAUCCCUGUGAAAUACAUGGGCUAUCCAACCCCCGAAAUUAAGUGGUACAAAAAUGGAAAAGCCAUCGAAAGCAACUAUACAGUGAAAGUUGGCCAUGUUCUGACAAUUACAGAAGCAAGUGAAAAGGAUGCGGGAAAUUAUACCAUUCUCCUCAUCAAUCCCAUUACUAAGGCGAGACACAGCCACGUGGUCUCUCUGGUGGUGAAUGUUCCCCCCCAGAUUGGUGAGAAAUCUCUGAUUGCCCCAGUGGAUUCCUACCAUUAUGGCUCAAUGCAAACCCUGACGUGUACUGUUUAUGCCGUCCCUCCACCGCUCCACAUCCACUGGUACUGGCAGCUGGAAGAAGCAUGCACUUACAACCCUGGUCAAGCUGGCUUAGUGACAGAGCCCUACGUCUGCAAGGAGUGGAAGAGCAUGGAGGAUCUCAGUGGGGGGAAUCCUAUCGAAAUAACCAAGAAUCAAUUUGUCAUGAUCGAUGAAAAAAACAAAACUGUAAGCACUCUGGUGAUUCAAGCUGCAAAUGUGUCAUCCCUGUACAAAUGUGAAGCUGUCAACAAAGUAGGACGCAGCGAGAGGAUUAUCUCCUUCCAUGUGACAAGGGGUCUUGAAAUUAACUUUCAACCUGGCAAUCAGCCCACCGAGCAGGAAAAUGUAUCUUUGGGGUGCACUGCAGAAAAAUCCACAUUCGAGAACCUCACGUGGUACAAAAUCAGCCCGAGAGCUUCUCAGGAGCACCUGGGAGAGCUCCCCAUGCCCGUCUGCAAGAGCUUGGACACCCUUGUGAAGAUGAAUGCCACAAUGAUCUCCAACAGCACAAGCGACAUUGUGACCCUGGAGCUGCGGAACGUCUCACUGCAAGACCAGGGGGACUAUGUCUGCUUGGCUCAGGACAAGAAGACCAAGAAGAGACACUGCAUGGUUAAGCAUCUCACUGUGCAAGAGCGUGCAGCACCUAUGAUCACAGGGAGUGUGGAGAACCAGACAACCAAUAUCGGUGAAACCAUUGAAGUUUCUUGCUCAGCUUCUGGAAUCCCUCCUCCACAGAUUACAUGGUUUAAAGAUAACGAAACUCUUGUUGAGGACUCAGGAAUUGUAUUAAAAGAUGGAAACCAAAACCUAACAAUUCGCCGGGUACGGAAAGAAGAUGGAGGUCUCUACACCUGCCAAGCCUGUAAUGUCCUUGGAUGUGUGAAAGCGGAGACCCUCAUCAUGGUAGAAGGUGCUCAGGAAAAGACAAACCUGGAGCUCAUUAUUCUGGUUGGCACAGCAGUAAUUGCCAUGUUCUUUUGGCUGCUUCUUGUCAUCAUCCUCCGGACCAUUAAACGGGCCAACGGAGGGGAACUAAAGACUGGAUACUUGUCCAUCAUCAUGGAUCCUGAUGAGCUCCCCUUGGAUGAGCACUGUGAGCGCCUUCCCUAUGAUGCUAGCAAGUGGGAAUUCCCCAGAGACCGGCUGAAGUUAGGUAAACCUCUUGGUCGUGGUGCCUUUGGCCAAGUAAUGGAGGCUGACGCUUUUGGAAUCGACAAGACAGCAACAUGUAGAACAGUCGCUGUCAAAAUGUUGAAAGAGGGGGCAACACAAAGUGAGCAUCGGGCCCUCAUGUCUGAGCUGAAGAUCCUCAUUCAUAUUGGCCACCAUCUCAAUGUGGUCAAUCUUCUUGGGGCUUGUACCAAGCCAGGAGGACCACUCAUGGUGAUAGUAGAAUAUUGCAAGUUUGGAAACCUAUCAACUUACUUACGGGGCAAAAGAGAUGAAUUUGUUGCCUACAAGACCAAAAGUUCACGGUUCCGACAGGGAAAGGACAACUAUGUGGGGGAAAUCCCUGUGGACCCCAAACGCCGGUUAGACAGCAUCACCAGUAGCCAGAGCUCGGCAAGUUCAGGGUUUGUGGAGGAGAAAUCCCUCAGCGAUGUGGAGGAGGAGGAAGCUGCUGAAGACCUGUGCAAGAACGCUCUAACUUUGGAGCAUCUUAUCUGUUACAGCUUCCAGGUGGCCAAGGGCAUGGAGUUUUUGGCAUCCCGCAAAUGUAUCCACCGGGACUUAGCAGCUCGAAACAUCCUCUUGGCAGACAAAAACGUGGUCAAAAUCUGUGACUUUGGCUUAGCCCGGGACAUUUACAAAGACCCAGAUUAUGUCAGGAAAGGAGAUGCUCGAUUGCCUUUGAAAUGGAUGGCUCCAGAAACCAUUUUUGAUAGAGUCUACACAAUUCAGAGUGACGUGUGGUCCUUUGGAAUUUUGCUCUGGGAAAUAUUUUCCUUAGGCGCCUCCCCUUAUCCUGGGGUAAAAAUCGAUGAGGACUUUUGCAGAAGAUUGAAAGAAGGAACCCGAAUGAGGGCCCCUGAGUAUACUACCCCUGAAAUGUACCAAACCAUGCUAGAUUGUUGGCAUGGAGAGCCCAAGCAGAGACCCACAUUUUCAGAACUUGUGGAGCAUUUGGGGAAUUUGCUACAAGCCAGUGCUCAACAGGAUGGUAAAGACUACAUUGUCCUUCCUAUAUCAGAAUCGUUGAGCAUGGAAGAGGAUUCUGGACUCUCUUUGCCGACCUCACCUGUUUCCUGUAUGGAGGAAGAGGAAGUGUGUGAUCCUAAAUUCCAUUAUGACAACCCAGCAGGAAUUAGUCAGUAUCUGCAAAGCAGCAAGAGGAAAAGCCGAUCAGUGAGUGUAAAAACAUUCGAAGACAUCCCAUUGGAACCAGAAAUAAAAGUAAUCCCAGAUGACAACCAGACUGACAGUGGAAUGGUUCUUGCAUCAGAAGAACUGAAGACGCUGGAGACCAGUUCCAAACUGGCACCCCCAUUUAGUGCACUAAUGCCCAGUAAAAGCAAAGAGUCUGUGACAUCUGAAGCUUCGAACCAGACCAGCGGUUACCAGUCAGGGUAUCAUUCUGACGAUACAGACACCACUGUUUAUUUGAGUGAAGAGACAGAACUUUUAAAUCCUGGGGAAAGUGAGCCUCAGUCCUGCAGUGCACACACACUUCAACCUGACUCUUGGAUGCCGUUAAACUCACCUCCUGUUUAAAGCCAAGGAGUUGCCUCCGUCCCUCCACAACUGGAAAGGUUUGUCCUGCAGAGACCCUGCUCAGAGAUUGAAUGCUUUUGUUUCCCUAUAAAGGAGACAGCACAUUUUUGAUCCUUGUACAAAAAAGAGAGGACUUCAGUUACCGGGAAGCCAGUCAGACUGUAGUAAAUGGCAAAGAAGUUGGUGACUCAACAAUGAAUGUUUUGAAGGCACAUUGUCUACCUUAGCCUUAUCUUCUCUCUUCAUUCAUUUCUUCAAAAAGCAUUUAUGAAGUCUCUGCUUUGUGAUCAGCUUUGGCCAAUGCAAUUGAAGUAGAAGAAAUGGUCCCUGUCCUCAAGGAACUUGCAAAAUGACUUGGGGAAUUAAGAUACAUGUAUGACAUGACCAGGGAAUAAUUCAAGGCAUUACAAGAGUUAUAGAACUUUGGGGAAAUGAAAUGUUAUGGUGGAUUGCAUGUAGUCUGAAAGUUUUAUGGGAAAGAUGGGUCUCAAACUGAGCCUUAGAGAAGUAGAUGAUGAUAUUAAAUUGUUUCAAAUAGAUAUGGGAGCCCCUACAUGAAACCGAUUGACAAGAAGCUGGCAGGGAGAUUUGCUACAAAUUUUACAACAAAUUUCAAGACCUCAGAUGAGGGUAUUGUGAUUAGUGAGUGGAGGCUUCAUUCUAAACCGUGCUAAACGAGAAUCCCUUAUGCUGUUUCCUACUGUGCUAAAUGAGAGAUCCUUCUGGAUCUUUAUGUAGUUCCAGGCGGAAUUAACUCCAGGAAGGAAAAAAUAUGACUCUAGUUCCUUGUCUCCUAGAUUAAUCUUUUAUUCAGAAUACCACAAAGAAAGGGAAACUUUCAGGCUGAAGCUCCCAGAUAUUUAUAAGACUUCAGACCCAGAAUCCUUUGUACUCUUGUUGGUCUUUCCCUGGAAGAAGAGCACAUGUGGCUUUAUGAGAACUGUUCUUGUUAAGGACUAAACAUUAUUAGACUCGAGGCAGUACCAUGAAGGAAGAAAUUUGUUUUUCCAUUUCCCUCCAAUAUCUUCGUUCUUUGGCCACUUCUGCUCCAGGGACAAUGGACUUAGAUUUGUUCAUUGUUUGCCAAGCUUCCAACUUAUGUUUUUGUAGCCAGAGUUCUAAUAGCAUCCACUGUACAUUUAAAUUUUUUAACAUAUGAAGCUAUUUCUACUGAAUUUCUGCCUUCUUAUCCCUUUUCUUAAAAAAAAAAAAAGAAAAGAAAAGAAAAAUGUAUUUUUUGUACCAUAGUGUGAAAUUCUGGGAACUAUGACUAUAAAACAUGAUACGGCAAUACAGUAUUUAUAUAGCCUGUUUAUGUAGAAACAAAUGUAAUAUAUUAAAAUAUGUUCUAUAUAAGGAAUUUUGUACUAUUCAUGUUUUUAUAUCUGUGUUAUGCAGAAUGUCAAGGAGGACAAUGUUUUUUAGAAAUUGAUGUCAUUUUAUUAAAAAAAAAAGAUUGGUCCCUUUGCAAA